AUGCGCAGCAAUCGUAAGGCUAGGUUCUUGUACCCUCCACCGAGAUUCACACCCUUCUACCCUGAACGCGUAGUGAACCCCUUAGGGCAGUAUCAACACAUUAAAUUCAUCUUGUCGUCAGAACCCACGCCCCCUGCCGUUACGCCAAGAACCUUCGUCGGCAGAAGCUCUCUACAAGAAGAAAUCGACCUUGGCAUUGCUACUGCCCACCUUCUUCCCAGAUCAGCAUCCGCCGAGAUACUCUGUAGACCUCGAACAUUCGCAGAAGCAGCCAUGACGACCCCCCCUGUCCGUCGCAACAGCGGCGCGCUACAUGAUACCGAUAUUUCGGACGAAUCCGCCUUGCCGGGCCGAUCUAUGCUCGCGCUCAAGAGAAAGAAGAAGAUCGCGAAGUGGCAGCCAUUAGAUCUCUCGGAAUCUAACAACACAGAUGAUGAUACAGAAGGCGGUGAUGAUGCCACAAGCGCGGUGGCGUCUAGCGCGCUUCCGACACGCGCGAAUACCCCCAACCCGAAGCCCCGCGUCCCCGAAUAUUCACCUCCCACCGCCUCUGCCUCUUCCUCGUUCCAACACACAAAUAACACUGCAAGGUCGAUCUCUCCCGACAACAACUCGACUUUUGAGGUCAAAGGCAACGACAACGUGGUCAAGGAAUACGCCGAGGACACCAGUUUCAAGCACGUCUACAGCACUCCCGUUAAGCAGGAGUCCAUUGUCCCCAACGCGUCAGGUCACCAUCUCGGCGCCACGGCCCCCCUCUACGAGUCUCCCGGUCUCUACACCCCAAGCCACACCCCGACCCAGGCCACCUUCUCAUCGUCGCACAUCAACCCGUUGAUCGACAACGACCCUACUCCACGACUCUCGCAGGCACAGUUUCCCGCUCCCUACAACCACAUUGCACUGUCCCCGCUGGAUCAAGGCACCUUUGGCGGCGACGAAGAAGAGGAUCCGAAUCGAUCUGAUACCCAAUCCACCAAGGAACGAACUGCCGCCGUGCUUGCUCGACUGACCAACACCGCCAUGGCUGGAAGAGGCAAGAACGUCGUCGCUCUCGGCGAGGACCUGUUCGACUCUGUUGAGUGGGAUCCCGAGCUCCCCAAGGCUCCUCCUCCAACGGAGUCGCCCGAGCCGGUCACCAUCAAGCCCCAACCCGUUGCCUACACAACCGUGGGCUCGCUCGUUGACCCCAAUGCUGUAACACAGUUCAGCGCUCCCAACCGCAUCCAGCGAGAGGGUGCCAAUCGCCGUCAAAUGCCAUUGUCUGCGCUGCAAUCGCGGGCAUUGGCUGAGGGGUUCAUGCAACCUCGUGGCCCACCACCACCUCUCAAUAUGGCUAACAGCAUGCAAUACGCACAACAGCUCGGACGAAAGUACACCCAAGUCGGCCAAUCCAGCCCCUCUUCCCUGUCCUCUACUUUUUCCACACUGUUGACAGAUCAUGAAAAGGAGAUCCUCAUCAGAAACUGUCAGCCGGAAGCUUUCUCUAGCAACAGCGAGGUCCCAUCGGCACCUUUCCCCUACGAUUUCGUGGUCACGUCCCGGCCAACAGACGAGAACCGCAAACUACGGGACCUGGACGAUACCCGUGCUCGCUCGAACAGCUUCAAGGGCUCACUUCAAGGGAUGGAUAAGAUGCAUACUCUAUACAACCUCUCACUCUUCGAGAAUCCGAUGCAGGAGAUGGCGAGAAGCAGACUGGCGGAAUUGUCGUUGAAGUCGCAAACCAUUGGAAAGACGGUCGGAAACCCACGCGGCCUGACACCAUACGAGGUCUCACUUCAGAAUCAACGACCAUCGACCUUGUCCGCUGCUGCCGAGUCAUAUAAUGGCCCAGGCGAACUCAAUCGUGGUUACCAGUUCCCUCCCCCUGGUCUUGUGAUCCCUCAAGCCAAUCCUCUCCGGGCAGCUUUAAACAACUCUCAAACGGACAUUCCGCAACAACCUCAACGAGCCGGCAUGCCUCAGCCGCUCACUGCAGGACCCCCGGGACAACGCCAAUUCUACUCGGGCUCGAGCCAGUUUGGUGCUCAACCUAGCCAGAACACUCAACAAAGCCAGGGUGCGUCUCAUACGCCGGGAAGCUUAGAUUGGGGAAACCUCAAGAAUGGUGGAGCUGCCGCUUCUGCAACUCAGGUUCCGCAAAAUUUUACCCAGAGCAAAGGCUACCCUUCAACCCCGGUCUACGAUACCAUUCCCAGAGAGCAAGCUCUUCAAUACUAUCCCAAUGGAUUUCCUGAGGGAAUGGAUUCCUUCAAUGAUCACUGGGGCUAUGUCUCAGAAGAAAACCAAAGAGCUAUGGAUCGGAGCUUCCUUGACGCUGAUCAACUGAAAGCCAUUCGCGAGAAGGAAGAUGAAGAUACCCAUUAUCAGGGACAACGCCGCUACGUGACGAUGAGUAUCGAUGAUUACAUCGCGGAGUACAUUAGACACAAGGAGCGCCAGACCCACUCAGCUAACAAUCCCUGGGGCAAUAUCUCCCCCCCCGAGAGAAUCACACAACCCAUGAUCCCACAGGAGAUCGCCAUCGAGGAUGCUCUAAAGAUCCCCGUUGAAGAUACCGUUGGUCCCCUCCUCCCCGGCGUCUAUGGUUCUCUGCUUGCAUACCGAGAGACGGGCCCUGGCUCUCGCGCUCGGAUGUCCGGCUUUGUGACCCCAGCUCCGCAUUUGAUUGACACGAGCCCUACCGGCAACGACACUUCGUUCGGCGAGGAUUGGGGCAACCCAAACUUCAGAAGCCAGGACACGAAGCCGGCCAGCAGCCGGGCUACCUCGGGUUUGGACGCUCUGCGAGAAAUCGGCAAUGCUCGGUCUGGUGGUCGCAUUGCGGGUGGCAAUGGCAAGUGGUAUGGCAACCAAUAA